AUGGACCCUGCCUCCUCUUCUCGUCCUUCGGCAGCCGCAGCUCUAGAGCUCCAACGAUGCAGAUGUUUGAGGCCAGGGCAAGUGAGGAUGCCGUCCCAGCCUCCCUCUGUCUCUGAGGACACGGUGGAGGCUAGUGCCACUGCCAUGGCUGAUGAGAUGGAGAGGGUCCGCGACCUCCCUGGUGAUGACAACGACGACAUGGGCGAUGAAGAGGUAGAAGAGAUCUUCGGCCGUGGAGCUAUACCUGGUGGAGCUGGCGCAGAGGACCCCAUCGACCUUGAUGGUGACGAAGGUGGUGGUGGAGAAGAAGACGGUGAGAACGCCGACGACGACUAG